AUGGGUUACGGGGACGAAGCGUUGUACGGAAAAGAGCUGCGCGACGCGUUGGGGAGCUUUCCCGGGGGAUACGUGGCGAACGGCGGCGACGCGGGGCUCGCCGCCGAUCACGGAAAAUCCAACCUGGCCAAUUUCCAGAUCCGAGGCGUCGCGCAGCUCGACGCGUCCGCGGACGUCUACUUGGAUGGCAACGCCACCGAUGAUGCCGGUGACUCCGAGAACGACGAUACUGGGCCCGGCGUCGACGCGCACAUGUUCGACGACCUCCCGGUGGACACCUCCCAGUGGAGUGACGUCAUGCGGAGGCGCGCGAACGGAGCGCCGGGAGACUUCGCCUUCAACCCGCAACCGGUCAACCCCAACGCCGCGCAGCACAUCUUCGCGAGGCGAUUCUCCGGCGCGGGGGCGUCCACGCCGAGCACGGAGGACCUGCGAAUCACCACGGUGACCCCGCCGCCCAUCGACGGCGAAGACGACCCGCCAUUCGCGCCCCACCACCAGGCGCGGACCCCGAGCAGCCGCGAGGUGCUCGAGCGCGUCCGCGCCAGGACGCCCGCUUCCACGGAGCCGUGGGCCAUGGCCACGGCGGCGGCGGCGGCGGCGGUGCAGAAGGCCAUCGAACGGCAGGAGAUCGCCAUCCAGGCGAGGAUCAGGGGCGUCGAGCUCGCGCACGACGCGGAUGAGGCGCUGGACCGAGCCAAGGAGGCGGCUCACCUCUCCGCGGCUAUCAGGCGCGGCGAGACCAAGCCCGUGCCCAAGAACGCGGUCCCCGCGUCGGUGAUGAAACGACUCGCCGCGGAGCGCAGGGAGCGGGAGAAGAAGCGCAAGGGAUCGCCCGAGGGCUCCGACGCACUGGACUCACCCGCAAGCGCGAAUGGUAAACUCGGAUCGGGCAAGAAGGGGAAGCAGGUCAAGGCGGCCAGAGCCCCGCCCAGGCCCGCGCUGGACAUCAAGAACGAUCCGAAGGCGGCGGAGGUUGCGAAGAUGUGGAGGAAGGCGGCCGAGUUGGAUGCGUGCGCGGUGUGCGGUGAGCCCGAUCCCGACCAUUGGGACGCCAAGGAUGAGAUCAUCUUCUGCGACGGGUGCGACUUGCAGGUGCACCUGUCGUGCUACGGCAUGCGCAGGGUCCCCGAGGGCGAGUGGAUGUGCGUCGGAUGCACCGACGGGCUCGACGUGGGAAAGGCGAGGCUCGGGCAGUUUGGGGUGUGUGCGCUCUGCCCCCAGCCGGCGGGUGCUCUCGCCAAGCUGGAUCCGCCGUCGGCGUGGGACGUGGCGUGGGAAUCCCCGGGGACGCACGCGCACAUCGCGUGCGCCGAGUGCCUGCCCGAGGUGUUCAUCAUCCGCGAUAAGAAGAACAAACCCCCGCUCAUCGACAUGUCCUUCGUCAAGGGCGCGAGGAUGAACCUGCGGUGCUCGCUGUGCGACCAGGAGGGCGCGUGCACCCAAUGCGCGAUGAAGAAGUGCUACGCCUCCUUCCACCCGCUGUGCGCCAGAGCCAGCGGGUUCGCCGUGGAGCGGCACGUCAGCGACGGGCGCCCUAUGGUCUUCUGUAAGACGCACUCUGGCGAGAGGUGGCUGGAGCAGAGGCGCGUCACCGCGGGGAAGCCGGCGAAGGAUCUGUUCGCGAAAACCGAGGGCGCAACCGCGCAGGCGGCCGAGGCGGCUGAGGAGGCCGCGGUGAACGCCGAGGUCAUCGAAGAGGACGCCGUCGGCGUCGGCGUCGGUAAGUCCAAGUUUCUCUCGCUCAACGGCACCGUCGACGCCGUGAAGCCCGAGCCCGAGAGGGAGGAGUCUGGCGACGGGUACGCGGCUGCAGCGGCGGCGACGGCGACGAGGCUCUGGGAAGGUUUCGCCCCGUUCAUCGCGGACAAGCGCGAGCGAUCCAGGUUCGGCAAGGUGGCCCGGAAGAUGAUGACGGACUCCGGCAUGGACCAGAAGGAGUGCGGGCGGCUCGCGGCGCUCGACGCGUCCGCGGGUGAGGCGGAGGCGAGUCGCGCCGUUUGCCGAGCGGAGAGGGCGGUGGCCGCCUCUUUACCGCCGGAGACGCCCCCGACGCUCGCGCCCGGCGUACCCGCGGAGGUGGCCGCGAACGCCGCCGCGGCUCAGUCCAUGCCGUGGCGCGUGCUUCGCGCGCACCAGCGCGCGGGCGUGGAUUGGCUGUCGGCGAGGCACCUGGCGGGCGUGGGGUCCAUCGUGUGCGAUCGCGUCGGCGCCGGGAAGCGCCUCACGGUGCUUUCGCACCUGAUGCACCUCAGGGACAGCAUGGGGGUCAAGGGCUCGCACCUCCUGGUGUGCCAGCCCGAGGCGAUCGCGGCUUGGACGUCGGAGCUCAACAGGUGGUGCCCGCGACUGCGCGCGGUGACGCUGUCAUGCCCGGCGGACGAGAGGAACCCGGCCAAGGCGGCUAUCCUUCGGGCGGGCGCCGACCUCAUCAUCGUGCCGACGAACGUGCUCGUGGAGGCGAAGGACGCGGCGGCGAAGGCCGCGGAGGCUGCGGAGGCUGCGGAGGCGAAGGCCGCGGAGGCUGCGGAGGCUGCGGAGGCGAAGGCUGCCGAGGCGCCCGUCGAAACCGACGAGGCGCGGGCGGCCGCGCGGGCGGCGGAGGAUGAGGAGGCUGCCGCCGCCGCCGCCGAGGCUGCCGAGGCGAGCUCGUUGAAGAAGAGCAAGAAGAAGAAGAAGAAAAAGUCUACCGGCGGGGGCGGGGGGCACGCGCGGAAACCCGAGGAGGACGGUGUCCUGCCCUCGUCCCUCACCAAGCUGACGUUUCACACCGUCAUCGUCGACGCGGUGGGCGACGCCGCCGAGGAUGCGCUCCCGGAGCUCGCGCGAUCGGAGCCCCACGCGCGGGUCAAGUUCAGCCGCGCGAUCGUCGUGGCGAGGGACACGAUCAACGCCCGCGGCGGCGUCCUCAGGGCGGCGCUCUCCAUCAUGUUUCCCGCCGUGUUUGACGCGAUCGCCGCGAUUGCGCGGGAGGGUGACGACUCGGACGACGAGUACGUGGAUGCCGAGGUUCUCGAGCAGGAGUGGAGCGUCACCGCCGGGGCGCUGAGGCGAAUGACGACGCUGCGCCGCGUCGCCGACUGCGACGUCGGCGCCGACCGCCGGCGGGUGGACGAGACCGUGAUCGUGGCGCGAUCCCAGUCCUCCCUGUUCCAGGAGAGGUACUCGGAGGUUUUGGGCGGGUGCGGCGGCGGCGACGACGCGGAGUCUCGGGCGCGGACGUUGAAAGAGCUCGGGGCUCUGUGCGCGACGGACCUCGACGGCUCGGGCAAGCUCCGGGCGCUCGAUUCGAUCGUUCCCCGCCUGAGGGUCGAGCGCCGCGCCGCGCUCGUCGUGUCGUCGUCGUCCGCCGCGCUCGACGCCGCCGCCGCGCUCUUUGAGCAGCGACGCGUCACCCACUUCCGCCUCGACGCGCCGGACGUGGCGCUCGGCACCAGACUCCACGCCGUGGGAAGGUUUCCCUGGAGCUUCAAGGCUGGCGGCGGCGUUCGCGCGCUCCUGUGUUCCGUGGCGGCGGCGCCCGACCUGACCAAGGAGGUUGUUGGCAAGGUUGAUUCGCUCAUCGUGCUCGACGGCGCGGACGACGCCGGGGUUGAGCGCGUCGUGCACAGGCUCACGGGCGUGGGCGCGGCGGUUUCGCCCGAGUCGUUCGACGCGCUCACCCACCCGCGCCCGACCCGGGAGCUCUCCGUGGUGCGGCUGGCGGCGGACGGCACCGGGGAGACGCGCGCGUUUGCCUCGGUGGCCGAAGCGAAGGAGUCGUUUGACGCGGCGAGAGCCAAAGCCUCGACGAACAAGAGCCUCGACUCGGCGGAUUGGGCGGUGGCGCGCAGGGGCACGUCCGGCGCGCGCGUGGUGACCCUGAAAGAGGGACUCCCCGUGCCCCUCGACGGCCUCUUCAUCGCGCCCACGACUGGCUGGUUCGGCGCGGGCGAGGUGGACCCGGUGGAGGCUGAGAACGACCUCGAGGAGGAUGAGCGCGCGUGGGCGACGGCGACGGCGAGGCGCAAGUCCCGCGCGCACGCCGCGUCCGCCGAGGCUGCGCUCGCUGCGAAGGAGCACGACCUGACCAAGUACCAGUGGCACGAGAGGCGCUGCCUCAACUGCCGCGGCGAGCCCGAGCGGUGCGUGCACAUCCCGCCCGCGUUUGUGGGACCCGACGUCGCGGCGAAACGGUUGGAGUGCCGCCUGUGCCCCAGGGUCAUGUCCUUCGGGUGCGCGGCGCUGACGCAGACCCCGCGGGGCGGGUGGGUGUGCCCACAGCACCUGUGCCACGGGUGCGGCGCCGUCGGCGCGGAUCACCCGGUUCGAACCGACGGCUCCAGGCGCAACCCGCCGCCCGCCGCGGCUGUGCUGCUCAGGUGCGUUUCGUGCCAGAAGGCUUUCUGCGACCAGUGCUCGGGGGGCGCGGAGUUCGAGGCGGUGGAGACGACGCCCAGCGGGGAGUGGGAGCGCAACAGCUUCUUCCUCCCGGCGCGGUCGUACGAAUACGUGACGUGCCAGCUGUGCGCGACCAAGCCGAUGAGCACGGCUUGA